CUGGCUGUUAGCGGUCCAGCUAACUUCGCCGCUAACUAUGCCUGGAAAAUGUAAAUUCCAGGACUCCUGGCUCUCAAAGGGCAUUUACAAGGACUGGCUGGUAAAGGAUCUGCAGGACAUCCACUUCGCCCGAUGUAAGGCCUGUUGUAAAUCAAUCAAACUUCAGACCAUGGGCGAGGCUGCUCUCACCAGCCACGCAGGGGGAGCUGGCCACAAAGCGGCGGUCCGCAAGCUAGUGGAAGGUAGCUUAGCCUCAAUUAUACCACGAGUCAACUGUUCAGCAAGCAUGCAAAGAGAUGCGUUUGAAUCAGGUAAUUUGAUGCUGAUAAAUGCUGCUGGACAGAUAAACGGCAGUGUGAAUCAGGCCGAGGACAGCAAGGAGCAAGUGGCCAUCUGCCUCCAGCGUGACGCCUUGGACAGAGUGUCGGCCAGCGACUGGUCCGAUCUGCAUCACAGCCCCACUUCAAACUCCACCUCCCACAAUGCAGAGCUACAGGAUGUGGCAUUUCCUGCCGCCUACUUCUCAGCACCAGGCACCUCCCGACUCAUCAGCCAGCGCCUCCACUCGACAGACGGCGAGGUGGAGGAAGCGCACGACUCUGUGGAGCUGUCGAGACUGGAGAACCAGCAGAAAACAGAAGCACUGGAGCAACAGCAGCAGAUGAAAAUCCUGGAGUGGGAGAACAGGAUGAAGGUGCUGGCGUGGGAGCAGGAGCUGGUGAAGGAGAAGAGGAGAGCGACCCGGCAGAAGGAGAAGGCGUUCAGGAUGAAGAAGGCAUACUACAAAGCCAAGCUAAAGAGGAUGGGCGAGGACGUGCCGCCGUCUUCCUCCAGCAGCUGCGAUGAAGAGGAGAAAACAUCUGAUCCGACAGGAUGAACUUUUUUUUUACUGUUGUGUUUUUAUUCGCGCUCGUUUCAUUGUAUUCUUUGAUCUAUAUGCCAUGAAACUGUUACUAUUUUUAUAAAUUGUUUUGUAUUUUAAUGCAGGAGAAGGAUUCAGAGUUGCUUUAAAUCAGCUGUUCUCACAGUGAGCCAAAAUGACUCUUCCUGUUUUUGAGUGAGACUUCUUUUGAGGUUUCAUAACCUGUACAAUUUAGCAAUCCUACUGGUUGGUUCUAGUGGGACAUACAGUAACGAUAUGCUGCAAAGUUCUGCUUUUUAAAAGCAUCAGUGAAAUUAGUUGGGUUGCGGACUCCUCAAAAGUACAAAGAAGCUGUUUUUUAAAGCUUGUGACAUUAUUACAUGUGGUCGAGCCAUCAAACAAUCCCUCUGCAACGCGACGACCACCUUCUCUGUCCAAAUACGCCUCCUCAGAGAUAUUCAGAGUAAACUAAACUACAGCUGAGUACAAAAUUUCAUUAAGAUUACCCGAAGUGGUAUUAACAGAAAAGUACAUGGAAAUGAAACAUGAAUACUUCUGCAAACCUUGCAUAGUAGCUUUAAACUAUGUGAAAGGGUUGAGAUCAAAAUCACAGCAAUCAUAUUUUAUAUGUCAGUCAUCACAAUGUGUCUUCAGUAUUCAACGUUUUGAGACGUUUGUUGAUGUUUAAGUUUGAUAGUGUCUGUGAAGGUCAUGGCCUUUUCUAGGGGGUACGGCAUUUUAAAGAAUGUAUUGAGAUUACAUCUAAUCACUGCAGAUGUAGAACUGAAAUGACUCUGAAACGGACAAUCUGUUAUCACACUUGCUUUGCUUCUUUCGCAUGUUACUAACAUGAGUGCUUCUGUCUUUGCUUUGUAAAUAAAUUUGCAUUUGGUACAAAGUUUGAGUCAA